CCAGAGUUUAUUAAAACACCAGACAACAUAAAACAACAUCAACCAUAGAAGAACAAAACAAGAGUGUAAAACAUCUAACCAGAGCGACUCUCGCUCAGCAUUUAAGAUGUUAAAGAAGCUUUACAGUGACUAAACCAACCAGUUUCACCAGAGGGCACUAAUAUGUUUUUGAAAGCAGGAUUCGGCUUUUCCAGUUUUCUUCUGGAAUGCUGUCCUUCAUUCGGUUCCUCGGUCGCUCAGAGGAGAGCAGCUAGUGCAGCUCAACCAUCAUGGCUGUGAAUAUCCCAGGCGUGGUAGCGAUGGUGCUUUUCUACCUGCUGGUCCUCGGGAUCGGCAUCUGGGCUUCGUUCAAGUCCAAAAGGGUGCAGAAGAAAAGCGCAGCAACCCAGAUGGAGAUGGCCCUGCUGGGGAACCGGGGAAUCAACUGCGUGGUGGGGAUCUUCACCAUGACAGCUACAUGGGUUGGAGGAGGCUUCAUCGUUGGCUUGACUGAGAUGAUGUACACACCAUCUAUGGGACUGACCUGGACGCUGAUUAUGGUGUCAGCAUACAGCACAUCGUUUGUUCUUGGUGGCUUCGUGUUCGUCAAACCAAUGAGAGAGAGAAGAUACCUGACGAUGCUCGACCCUUUCCAGGCCAAGUACGGGAAAGGACUAACAGCUGUUCUGUCCGUGGUGUCUCUGUUCAUUGAUGUGGUCUGGGUGGCCGUCAUACUAAUUGGUCUAGGAGCAACCAUGAGUGUGGUCUUGGACCUGUCCUACGCUGUGACCAUCUGGAUCUCUGCGGCCGUCGCCAUCACCUACACCCUGCUGGGAGGCCUCUACUCUGUGGCCUAUACAGAUGUUAUACAGCUCAUCCUCAUAUUUGUGGGCUUGUUCAUCUGUGUUCCCUUUGUCAUGAUGAACCCUUACUCGCUGAGCAUCAGUGACACUCUGAUGAACAACACCUUACACGCUCCCUGGAUCGGUGCACUGCAGCUGAAACGGACCUGGAUCAUGAUCGAUGACUUCAUAUUCUGGGUGCUGGGCAGUCUGGGAUAUCAGUGCCUCCACCAGAGAAUCUUAUCGUCUUCGUCCUCAGCCGCAGCCAAGCUCUCGUGCAUUGCUGCAGCUUUCCUGAUUCUUGUAUUUGGGGUGCCUCCUAUUCUGUUUGGGGCUGUCGUCUCAUCCACAGACUGGAACCUGACCUCCUAUGGUUCUCCAUCUCCGUAUGAACGUGGGGAAGCAGCUCUCGUCCUGCCCAUCGCCCUGCAGCACCUCACGCCACCAGUCGUCUCCAUCAUUGGUAUUGGAUGUGUGGCGGCCGCCGUCAUGUCAUCAACUGACUCCGCUUUGCUUUCUGCGGCUUCUGUUUUCUCCUCCAACAUUUACAAGAACAUCCUGAGGCCUCAGGCAUCAGACAGAGAGAUUCUGUGGCUGGUCCGUGCUGCUGUGGUUGUUGUGGGUGUGGUCGGUACAUCGCUGACCAGCCUGAACAACAGCGUGGUCGUGUUCUGGAUGCUUGGUGCUGAAGCGGCCUAUAUCAUCAUCUUCCCUCAGCUGGUCUGCGUCCUCUUCUUUAAAGUCUCCAACGGUUACGGGGCUAUUCUAGGUGGGCUGCUGGGAUUGGGGUUAAGACUGCUUAGCGGAGACGCAACACUUGGACUGCCAGUUGUCCUCCAGUUCCCAGGAUGCACUCUUGAGGACGGUGUGUACGUGCAGUACUCCCCAGUGAGGAUCAUCUGCAUGUCAUCUGCCAUUGCUUUCAUCUUGCUGUUCUCCUACCUGGCCUCUAUGCUCUUCAACAAAAACCUGCUUCCUGAGAAGCUGGAUGUGUUUAAAGUGAAAGUCCAGCACUCACCUGAACCGACGCCACCUGCAGGUGAUGCUACAGAACACAGUGACAGUGAGAAGCGGGCAUCGGAGCCAAUGCUCAGCACAACGUGUUAG